AUCCAUUUGGUGAGGCUGGCAUCGUUAAAUUCUAUGAUUACUUCGCUUGGUAGGACUAUCAUUGUAUAUUACUUGAGAGGGUAGCAUAUUAAAAAAUUAAAUACAGCUUGGCCUUAAUCUCCAUGAUUAUCUCCAAUAGAAUUCUCUUAAAAUUAAAGAAAUCCAAUCAAUUUUUCAAUAGAUAACUAAUUCAUUACUGUUUAUGCAUUCCCUUGGCAUUACACACACCGAUCUAAAACCAGAAAACAUAGUUUUUUCUCAUUAAAAAAAGUAUACCCAAGUAAAUGACUAAGACAUCUUGUGAA